AUGCAGGAGAAGCUCACUGCUGGAGUCCUGAAGUUUCCCAGGCACGGAUGCGGCAGUUCUGCAAGUUCUGAGGUGGAGAGCACUGCUACUCGUUUAACGGCCCAUACAAGUUUCAAUGGGGACAAUCUCCAUAGAACUCCUCAUGCUGUCAUACCAGAAGUGGAAUUCCUCGAUCAAUUCUUUACAGUUCUAACCAUGGACCAUGAACUGGUGACAUUCAGGGAUGUGGUCAUCAGCUUCUCUCAGGAGGAGUGGGAAUAUCUGGAUUCUGCUCAGAGGGACUUGUACUGGGAUGUGAUGAUGGAAAAUUACAGCAACUUGGUCUCACUGGACUUGGAAUCCAAGUAUGACACAAAGACUUUAUCUGUAGAAAAGGACAUUCUUGAAAAAAAUAAUUCUCAGUGGGAAGUAAGAGAAAACAGUAAAUUAGUUGGCCUUCAGAAUUCCAUUUUUAGAAAUGAUUGGCAAAACAAAAGGAAGAUUGAAGUACAAAGACCUGAAGUGGGACGUUUCAGUCAAAUAAAAAUCAUCUCUGAAAAGAAACCAUAUGAAUGCCCUUUUUGUGGGAAAUCUUUUAGAGUGCAUGCACAACUUACUAGACAUCAGAAAAUCCAUACUGAUGAGAAACCUUACAAAUGUAUGGAAUGUGGCAAGGAUUUUCGAUUUCAUUCACAGCUAACCGAACAUCAGAGAAUUCAUACUGGUGAGAAACCAUACAAAUGUAUUCAAUGUGAGAAGGUCUUUAGAAUUAGUUCACAGCUUAUUGAACAUCAGAGAAUUCAUACUGGUGAGAAACCUUAUGCAUGUAAACAAUGUGGGAAGACUUGGAGUCUUUCACCCCUGACCAGACAUCAGAGGAUUCAUACUGGCGAGAAACCAUAUAAAUGUAAGGAAUGUGGGAAAGCGUUUGGAGUAGCCCUUACUGAACAUCAGAGAAUUCAUACUGGAGAGAAACCCUAUGAAUGUAAAGCAUGUGGGAAGGCCUUUAGACAUAGUUCAUCCUUUACAAAACAUCAGAGAAUUCACAAUGGAGAGAAACCCUUUGAAUGUAACCAAUGUGGAAGAGCCUUCAGCCAGAAGCAAUACCUCGUCAAACAUCAGAAUAUCCAUAGUGGAAAGAAACCCUUUAAAUGUAAUGAGUGUGGAAAAGCCUUUAGCCAGAAAGAAAACCUCAUUAUCCAUCAAAGAAUUCAUACUGGAGAGAAACCUUAUGAAUGUAAAGGGUGUGGGAAAGCUUUCAUUCAGAAGUCAAGCCUCAUUAGACACCAGAGAAGUCAUACAGGAGAGAAACCUUAUAUAUGUAAGGAAUGUGGAAAAGCCUUCAGUGGCAAAUCAAACCUCACUGAGCAUGAGAAAAUUCAUAUUGGAGAGAAACCCUAUAAGUGUAAUGAAUGUGGAACAAUCUUUAGGCAGAAGCAGUACCUCAUUAAACAUCACAAUAUUCAUACAGGAGAGAAACCCUAUGAAUGUAAUAAAUGUGGAAAAGCCUUCUCUCGAAUCACAUCACUUAUUGUACAUUUCUCAACUCUUGCUCUGCAUAUGAGAAUCCAUACUGGAGAAAAACCUUAUCAGUGUAAUGAAUGUGGGAAAGCUUUUAGCCAGAAGUCACAUCAUAUUAGACACCAGAGAAUUCAUACUCAUUAA